AUGACGACUGGUAUAGUACGCGACCAGAACUUGGAAAAACAGAUGCAGAAGCAAAUGGGGUGCAUGUCAGGGUUCCUUCAGAUCUUCGAUCGCCACCAAAUACUCACCGGAAAACGCAUCCACUCAGCCAAAAGACUCAGACUCCCUCCCGCAUCGGAUUCCUCGCCGGAACCGGAGAAACACAUUGGAUCUCCGGCGAUUUCAACGCCUUCUCCGGCGAGAGAGGCCCAACCUGAAGCAAAGGUGACUCUUCCUGUUCUGGAGUUCAAGGAAGGCACGAGGUCUUCGUGGAAGUUCUCCAGAGAGGCUCCCAGACUCUCUCUCGAUAGCAGAGCCGUCGUGGAUGCCAAAGGAGCACUUCACCCGAGAGAGAUCCGAACCAACACGGCAACAGCAACAGCAACGAAUCUCGGAGCAGAAAACGACGGAGACAAACAGCGUCGUUCCACAAGCGUUAUUGUCAGGCUUAUGGGCCUGGACACACUACCGGAUUCGGAUCCUGACCCGGUUGCGAAGCUCCGAAGAUCCGCGUCCGAGUCGGAGUCCAGGGUCCCCAGAGAUCUGCCACAGUGUCGGUUCUUCGACUCUAACAACUUUCAGUUGAAGCAGUUACAGGCGAAAACAAAAACCCAGGCUAGUAAUGUAGCGCGUGAGAAUAAUGCUGGCACUUUCAAUAAUCGGUUGUCCAAUGACAGAGCCAUGGAUCAAACAGAAGCAACCAGAGCUUCCCUUCCUUUGAGGCAGAGAGGAAUAAUAGCACAAAAGAAGAAGAGUUUCUAUGACUCUGCUGAUUUCUUCCCCGAGCCGAAGCACACCGUUUCAAUGUACGGAGAGAUUGAGAGGAGGUUGAGGAUACGAGGGAUUCAAGAGCCUCCCAAGGAUCCUCACACUCUCAAGCAUAUCUUGGAGGCUCUGCAGCUUAAGGGUCUGUUACAUUCCAACCAAUCUCCCAUUGUUAUCAUGAAGCCGGUUAGAUCUUCCGGUUCGUUGAACCGAACCGGGAAUAAUUAUUCUUCACCUCCUCCCUCCAGCCUCCGGUCCAGUCCUCGCGCUCGCCGGAGCCCGAGCCUUGCCAGUGAGACUGAUCGAAGUAUUAGAACUCAAACCAGAGGCAGAAACUCGAGGAAGGUUCAAAACACGGAGACUCAGAGGAAAGUGAACAGUGACGGUGUUGAUUCGAGAAGGGUGUCUCCGGUUCAUUCCCCAAAGAUAAGCUCGAGAGGGAAUGCAGCGGUUCAGCAAGUGACGAAUGGAUCGCCCAGGGCGAGAAAAGCGAUUGAUCGUAAAGAGGUGAAGGAGAAAGUUAAGAUGUUGAAUGGAGCAGAGGAUGAAUCUUCCACCAUUUCAGAGAAUAGCUUCAGCACCUCUUCACAUACCGAUACAGAGAGAUACAAGCCGGAAGAGUACAAGGAAGGGAGGAAUCUGCUUGAUAGGUGUGAUAAGUUGCUUAACAGCAUUGCGGAAAUAACAGCAGGGAACGAGUUGCAACAACCGAGUCCUGUAUCGGUACUUGACUCAUCAUUUUACAAGGACGAUUGGUGUUCACCUUCCCCAAUAACCAAACGGUGCAUUGAUUACAAAGAUCAAGGGGCGGAGUCAGAAGAUGAUACGUGGAGUGCAGCUUUGUGUAGCAGUGAAGGCAAAUCCGAGGAGGCAGCAUCGGAGGAUUGUGAUUUCGUUUACGUGUCGGAGAUCCUGCGUGCAUGUAGUUACUUGCCGGAAGACAGCGACGUUUUCUUGUUGCUGGAGAAGCACCAGUGUCUGAAGGGGAUGGACACCUCAGAACCUUCGAGGCUGAAGAGGCGGUUGAUUUUCGACACCCUCCAGGAGAUCCUGAACCGGAACCAACAGUUACCGCCGUGGAAGGUGGUGUCAUGCGGCGAGCAGACGCAGCACGUGUGGUCGGAGUUUCGGAGGAUCCGAGAGAGGGAGGAAUCGGAAUCGGAAUCGGAGGACUUGUUUAAGGUGAUAUGUGGCGUGUUGAGGAAGGACAUGGCGGAAGAGAUGAGUGGUUGGGGUGAAUGGACAAUGGAGAUGGGUGAUGUCGUUUUGGACAUCGAACGCCUCGUGUUCAAAGAUCUCAUUGGUGAAACCAUUCGAGAACUCGCCUCAUGUGCCCCUAAAUGUAACACAUUAUCCGUUCCUCGUAGGAAGCUGCUCUUUUGAAUUCCAAUCACAA